ACAUCAUUUCGGAAGAAAAGAGCAAGUAUUUCUCAAGCUCUAUAUCGCCGGCUUCUCCAUCACUCAGCCUCCCAACUCCAGCGCCAUGUUUCCAGCGGCGACCCGCCUAGCGGCGAAACGUGUGUUCCAGAUCCGCACGGCUUUCCAUGGAUCCCCAAAGGUCACACUUGCCUCCAGAUCCUUCUCCACCGCGCUGAACUACCACAUUGACUCGCCAGAUAACAAUCCUGACAUGCCUUGGGAUUUUAGUCAAGUCAACAAGGAACGGGUUAAGGAGAUACUAUCUCAUUAUCCCUCCAACUAUAAGCAAUCUGCUGUUAUUCCUUUGUUGGAUCUGGCACAGCAGCAGCAUGGUGGAUGGCUUCCAGUUUCUGCAAUGAAUGCAGUGGCUAAAAUUAUAGAAGUUGCUCCAAUUCGUGUAUAUGAAGUUGCUACCUUUUAUUCGAUGUUUAACCGGACAAAAGUUGGUAAAUAUCACCUUUUGGUUUGUGGCACAACACCUUGUAUGAUACGUGGUUCUCGUGAAAUUGAAGAAGCUUUGCUCAAACAUCUAGGAGUUAAGCGGAAUGAAGUGACCAAGGAUGGCCUAUUUUCUGUUGGAGAAAUGGAGUGCAUGGGCUGCUGCGUUAAUGCUCCAAUGAUCACUGUGGCUGACUAUUCUAAAGGUUCAGAAGGAUAUACAUACAACUACUAUGAAGACAUCACUCCCAAGCGAGUCAUUGAGAUUGUUGAUGUUAAAAGGGGUGAAGCUCCUCCUGUUGGCACACAAAAUCCACUAAGGACAAAGAGCGGACCGGAAGGAGGGAAUACUACUUUGCUAGGGGAACCGAAACCUCCUCCGUGCCGUGAUCUCGAUGCCUGCUGAUUUUUCAAAAUAAGCAUGCCAUCAAUAUUGGGAAUCAUGCUUUGAAUUAACACCUACAAUUGUUAUCAAAAUCUCUAUUCAUGAUCUUGCUCUCUUAUUUUAGAAGUUUGCCAUUUUGAUCAUCAUCAGCUAAGUUACAAUCUGAAGCAUAAAAUUUUACCAGGCACUCAAGUGAACUGUGUUAAAUAUUGAUGGUUUCCCAUUAAUGUAUAUUUUCGGUGGGCAUAUCAUUUUCAAUAAGACAUGUAUCCUUGGCGCAUCAAGAGUUUAAUUUACACAUUUUAUGUC